AUGUCUAGAGAUGCCCCUUUGAAAGCGGAAAAGGACUAUACUGAGAUCUUGCAGGAUGAACUGCCCAAAAUUGAGGUUUUGGCUAAGAAUAAUGAUGUCGAAGGCGCAUUGGAACAGUUGCUGAUUUUGGAGAAAAAGACACGCCAGGCUUCGGAUUUGGAGUCGUCUAAAAAACUAAUGGCUCAAAUAGUGGAACUGCUGGCUUCGAGAAAUCAAUGGGACGUUCUCGACGAGCAACUGGCGCUUUUGGCCAAGAAACAUGGGCAACUGAAGUUGUCCGUUCAAUUCAUGAUUCAGCAGAUCAUGGAGAGACUGGAAAAUGUGGCAGAUCGUGACACCAAAGUCCGCGUUAUUGAGGCCAUCAGAGCUGUUACAGAAAACAAAAUCUUCGUCGAGGUAGAGAGAGCACGCGUUACGCGGAUUUUGACGCAGAUCCGUAGGUCCGAGGGGAAAAUUGACGAGGCUGCAGAUUUGCUAUGCUCUCUUCAGGUUGAAACGUUUGGGUCCAUGGAAAUGAGCGAAAAAAUCGAGUUCAUUUUGGAACAAAUGGAGCUCAGUAUUCUAAAGGGCGAUUUUGCUCAGGCUACUGUGCUUUCACGUAAAAUCCUGAAGAAAACUUUCAAAAACGCUAAAUAUGAAGCUUUGAAACUUGAAUAUUUCCAUUUGUUGAUCAAGAUAGGGCUUCAUAAACGUGAUUAUCUACAAGUUGCACAGUACUACCAAGAGCUCUAUAAUACAGAUGCUAUCAAGGCGGAUGAGGCCAAGUGGAAAGACGCUCUUACGCAUGUGGUGAUGUUUUUGGUAUUAACGCCGUACGAUAAUUUACAAAAUGAUUUGAUACACAAGAUUCAACUGGACAACAAUUUAAAAAAACUGGAAAAACCCGAAUCUUUGGCCAAGUUGUUCACGACCCCAGAACUUAUGAGAUGGCCCAUUGUGAAAGACACCUACGAAACUUUUUUGAACGCUGAUAAUGUUGCAUUCGGGUCCAAUGAAGCUCAUUGGGAGGACCUUCGCAAAAGAGUUAUUGAGCACAACUUGAGAGUCGUGUCUAAAUACUACACUCGCAUCAAUCUUUCAAGAUUAAAUGAGCUUUUGGAUCUUACCGAGCCUGAGACUGAAAGGUUCAUUAGUGAUCUUGUCAAUCAAGGCAUUAUCUACGCCAAAAUCAACAGACCCGCAAAGAUCGUGAACUUUGGCAGACCCGAAACCUCUAGUUCUUCGCUGAACGAGUGGUCCUCUAACGUUGACCAAUUGCUUGAACAAAUAGAAACUAUUGGCCAUCUUAUCACCAAAGAGGAAAUAUUGCAUGGGUUAAGAGCAAACUAA